AUGCCGGACCUGCAAACCGCCCUCAUCUCGCGUCUGGACGAGUCCUCCCUGACCCCCACGUCGGCGACCUACACCGGCAGCAUCGACACGACCUGGUGUAUCGGCUCCGUCCCGCAAGGAGGCUACUCUCUCUCUUUGGUCCUCAAUGCCAUCCUCGCCUUUAUGCACACACCCGAAGUGAUGGAAACGAACAUCAAAUCCGUCGCUCAUCACGAUCCACUUCUGCUGUCAGCGACAUACAUCCAAGCGGUCACGCACACACCGUACGAGGUCCGAAUCCGCGUACUGAAGCGCGGGAAGAGCCUGUCCAACCUCCAAGGCGAGCUGUGGCAGGACGGGCUGAUGCGCAUCACAGCCCAGGUGCUGAUGACCGACUUCGAGGUGCAAAAGGCGUCUGCGGACCGGACAAAGAUUCAACCUCUCCAAGGGAAGGACGUGCACGAUGCGGUGAAGAACGGGUACAGCAUCACGGAGGAGUCCCAAUGGGCACCCGUUUUCCCGUUGAGUGCGCCGGAGGACUGUGAUCCACCUCGCUUCUUCGGCAACACUGCGGAGAGCGGAAAAACGUUCGGCUUCGGGCGGAUGAUCACCAUCGCCAACGACCCCAAGCACGAUCGGCUCACGAGGACCACCUCCACCCUCUCCGCGGGAGCCUACUAUUCCCUCGUCACGCCCGAAACCCCCGUAGUGCUAGACGCAGCACAAGUGGCAAACGGUCGCCUCAGCGAGGGGAAAAACCUCAUCCCUUUCCUAGCAGACAUGUUCACCUCACCUCCCAUGAUCGUCCCAGGCAAACACAAGAGCCAUUGGUACCCGACGCUUCACCUCACCAUCGAAUUCAAACGCCCGCUCCCGCGCACCCACGUCAUCAGCCGAACGGCCACCCUCAGCACCGGCAAGUUCAUGAUCAAUGGUCAGCACGAGAGCGAUUCCGAGCUGUGGAGCCAUCCGGACGAUCAACACCUUUUUGAGGCUGAGGGGUCCAGAGGGAAGAAUGGCGAGAGGAGAAGUUACAUUUUGGCCAUCGCAAGACAGACCGCGUUGGUACUGCCGUUUGCUGUCAACCAGGGCAAGACCAAGAGCAAGCUUUGA